AUAGGCCUCCGACAAUUGGUGUAUUGUUUAGUGAUACCUUCUUGCCCGAUGGCUCUCAGGAUUUCAUCAAACCUGUCAAUUUUCAUCCUGAAAUAUAUGUAGAACCGUUUUUCGUCCUUCAGGAGUUGAGGUAUCAAUGUAUAAAACUCCCUUAGUUCCUCUCUUGACAAGUUUAUAUCAUGAACCCAAGUGAUUCGUCUCUUUCGCCUAAAUACGAACACACAUAGCAACCACUUAUACAUACUUAAUUAGAGACUCGUUAUGGAAUUGUAAAUAUUUGUACAUAUAUAUGGCAUACUGAAUAUGUGGAGGAAAAGAACUACGCAGAUUUAGUGUUCAGUAAAAUACUUGCCGGGAUUCACCUUCGUCUUCAUCAAGAGCGACAGCUAAAAGCAAAACUUCCUCCAAAGACGGAUCCAUGAGUAUUUACCGCUGCGAUACCGAGCGGUCUACCGAGUGCGCUCGGUAGACCGAAAUACCGAGGCGAUAUACCGACUGCGAUAAUAUCGCGUUCCUCGGAGUACCGCGCCAGUGUGCGGACCUCCAUUUACCGCAAUGUAAUUAGAUAUCGUCCCGUACCGUACCGAGCUGAGUAUCGCGUCUGUGUGUGGGAGCCUUAAAGCUCUGCCUGCUGUUUGUUUCGCACUGUUUUGCAACCCUGCAUGAGCACCUUUUGGUAGUAUGUUGUUAUGGCUGCCUAUUUAAAUCGUACAAUAUCACUGAUGUCUGGGGAUGAUCCUGGAAUCCGCGGACCAUCCCUGGCUGUGGGUGAUGGUCGAUCAUUACGUGAUUCCUCUCCGCUUCAGAUCUUUGUCAAGGCAAAGAAGAAAAUCAAUGACAUAUUUGUGGAGAUUGAAGAUUAUGUUCGUGAUGCUGUUGCCUAUGUGCAGAGCCUACAGCAGGAGAGAAGCAUUGUGAAGUCUGAUGAUGCGGUGCAAGUUGAAGGCUAUAUUGUGAAGGUGAAAGGCAUCCGUGAUGUUCUCAUGCGGGAUCACAUGAAGGUGGCUUUCUUUGGAAGGACAAGCAAUGGUAAAAGCACUGUGAUUAAUGCAAUGUUACGUGAGAAGAUUCUUCCAAGUGGGAUCGGUCAUACAACUAACUGUUUCCUGCAAGUCGAAGGUUCGGAUAGUGGAGAGUCUUACCUUGUUACAGAGGAUUCCACAGAAAAACAAAAUGUCAAGUCUGUGGGACAGCUUGCUCAUGCCCUGUGUAAGGAGAAGCUGGGUGAGAGUCAGUUGGUGCAUAUUUAUUGGCCCAAAGACAAGUGUCUGCUGCUGAGAGAUGAUGUUGUGUUUGUUGACUCUCCGGGAAUUGAUGUGUCACCUAACUUGGAUGAAUGGAUUGACAGACAUUGCCUAGAUGCAGAUGUCUUUGUGCUUGUUUCCAAUGCUGAGUCCACUCUGAUGCUUACAGAGAAGAACUUCUUCCACAAAGUCUCUACACGAUUAUCGAAACCAAAUAUCUUUAUUCUGAACAACCGUUGGGAUGCUUCGGCUUCAGAGCCCGAGUUUCUUGAUGAGGUGCGGGCCCAACAUAUGGAACGAGCUGUUAGCUUCCUGGUUAAAGAAUUGAAGGUGUGUACACAGAAGGAGGCAAAUGAAAGGAUAUUCUUUGUGUCAGCCAAGGAGGCUUUGCAGGCUCGUCUGCUGGAACAGAAAGGCCAACCUGCCCACAGUGGUGCAUUAGCAGAUGGCUUUCCAAACCGAUAUUUUGAAUUCCAAGACUUUGAGAGGAAGUUUGAAGAAUGCAUAUCAAAGUCAGCAGUGAGGACCAAGUUUGAUCAGCACUCGCAACGAGGGAAGCUUAUCGUUACAGAAAUAUGGACAAUCAUGGAUGGGACAUAUGACCAGGCCCAGCAGCUGAGGACAGAGAAGGCUGUGGCGAAGAAGGAGAUCCAUGACAAAUUGAACUUCACUGAGCAGCAGUUGUUACUUCUGACGCAAGAAAUGAAAGACAAGAUCCGUCAGAUGGUUGAAGAUGUUGAACAGAGGGUAUCCAAAGCAUUAAGCGAAGAGAUCCGCCGCUUGUCCGUGUUGGUAGAUGAGUUCAAUUUGCCAUUCCAUCCCGAACAACUUGUUCUCAAUGUGUACAAAAAAGAACUUCAUACCCAUGUGGAAAAUGGGCUGGGCAGUAACCUGCGGGCCAGAUUGUCCACUGCACUUGCAAUGAACAUCGAGAACAAUCAGCGCGAAAUGACAGAACGAAUGUCAGCUCUGCUGCCAGCAGACAAGAAGCAGGUUUCUCUUAAUGUAUUACCUCGACGAGAGCCCUUUGAGAUUCUGUAUCGCUUAAAUUGUGACAACCUAUGUGCUGAUUUCCAUGAGGAUCUGGAGUUUAGAUUUUCAUGGGGACUUACUUCUAUCAUCUCUCGUUUUGCUGGCAAGAAAGCACCUAGUCUUGCAAUUACAAACUAUUCACAUCGGAUUCCACGUGAUUUGUUGUCACCAUCUGAAAAUCUUGAUAUGGCACACAUGAAGUUACCUUCAGAUAAUACAGACGACUGGUCACGUGUGGUUUCUAGGAUAGCCAUGGCUUCCAUUGGCUCACAAGGGACAGUUGGUGGACUUCUGGUUGCAGGAUUUAUGCUGAAGACAGUUGGAUGGAGAUUAAUUCUCAUCACAGGUUCAGUCUAUGGUUUAAUAUAUCUGUACGAACGUCUGACAUGGACCAACAAAGCUAAAGAACGGGAGUUCAAACGGCAGUAUGUCACCCAUGUGACAAAGAAACUACGACUGAUUGUUGAUUUGACAUCUGCUAACUGUAGCCACCAAGUUCAACAAGAGUUGUCAAGCACAUUUGCACGGCUGUGUCAUCUUAUUGACGAAGCUACCAAUGACAUGGACACAGAACUUAAGUCACUGGAGAAGGAAAUACGGCAGCUGGAAGAGGCCGCCAAUUCAGCCAGACUUCUACGGAAUAAAGCCAACUACAUAACAAAAGAGCUAGAAAUGUUUGAUGAUGCAUAUUUGAAACGAUGUAACUGAGUUGGCAGGUUGGUGUGACAUUGAGUAAGCCAUAGGGGAGGUUGUAUUCAUGUGUUGAAUGGCGUGUUGCUAGGUUAUCAGGAGAGUACCACAUGUUGCAAGAGGGAACUUAUUUUCUGAGUUCAGUUAAAGUGGAUAAAAUCUGCAGUGAUUUUUACAAUUUACUUAGCUUACAGUUCCAAAUUUCUAGUGAAGGAAUUGGUGAUAUUUGGCAUUCUUGGGAUGUAAAAUAAAAAAGAUAGCUUUCUUCUUAUCAGCACUCUGUUACUGUGAACUGAUUAGCAUCUUUCUGUAGAUAGUCUCACCACUGUAAUGUUAAUUCUGAUCUAAACAUAGGAUUGAGUAUCCUUCAACCUAAAGUUGAUCCGAUUGCCAUGUUUUUCAUGUGCCUCUCUCACAUCACAAAACUGCUGUCUUGUCGACUCAUGUUAACGCUUGAAAUCCGGCCAGACUACAAGUACCAUGGUUCUUGCCUCACCAGGAAAUCAGAAGUAGUACGACUUCUACCACAAAACUUGAAAUUGAAGUUAAGGAAGCUACCCAGCAUGUUGACAAUUAACACCUGCACUGUUCGACAGGUCAAAGCUUGUAGUUUUAUGGUUCAACAGCAGACAAAAUGCAAACAUGUGGCAAAUUAAAAAGAAACUGAUGCAGAAUUAGGAUGUGGGCAAUCUACAGCUGCAGUAAACAGUCCUGCAUUUUCUGGUCUCCCUGGAGUAGAGUCUAGCUCAGAAAUAACAGAAGGUACUUCUCCUUUUGAAUUAUUCUGCCUUUUUCAAAAUUAUUUACUAUGAAGUAGACAGGUUUGUCUGGGGGUGAGACCCAUUGAAGCCAAAUUCAGUGCUUACAUCACAUUUCCAGCAGAACACAAUAGAAAGACUCUUGACUGCCUUUGCAGUGUGAUGCUUCCCUCUGUCCUCAUGCUCCUUACAUGUUCUCUGUGCUCAGCCUUUUUCUCUUUAUUCUUUUGCAGGAAUCUUAUGAGCAAAAGGUUUUCUGCCUAAUACUCUGCCUGCAGAACUUGCUGGGCAUCAUUCUGCGAUUUGAUUUCCUGUGUCACUCAGUAGGCCUUCUGCCACCUUUUUGCAAACUGAUUGAGCUUGAUGUUGUGUUUGUAUUUCUUGCAAUGUUAUAUAUGGGAGUUUACUAUGGGAAGGUCAAAGAAGAGAAGAAACAGUUUAUUCUUACUACCACUUGACUGUCAGAAUGAAUGGUAUGACAUCUGUUCAUAUUUUUUGAUACAAAUUCUAUUCUUAUUAGAGUCUAGCAUUACAUGUGGCUUUUAGCUUUUCAUGUGCACAAUUCAAAUCUGGUGCUUCAGUUGUGUUUUCGUGAACAGUGCUUUGUACAUAAACAUCACAGACAUCUUGCAAUUUUAUGACUAGGAGUUGAUUUAUCUGUAGAUAAACUUUUUCUCUCUUCCUUAUUUUCUUUGAAAAAUACAGUUUUGACAUUUCUUUCCUAUUUGCCAUAACACUCUUCCCUCCUGCUUUGGUUCUGAGUGCCCACAAACGGUCAUAAAUUGUGAGACUUGUGAACCAUCUGUCCAUGUACGCCAGUGUACCCGUUAUUCUUUGCUGGCUCAUGCAGUCUGUCAGAAACACUUAAUGAUGUGUUAUAUUCUGGGUCUGUAGAGUGUGCACCUUGAUACACAUUCAGCCACUCUUUGCCCCACAUAACUCAGAUAUUUUUGUUUCCUGCUUAUGGUAGCUUCCCUUUCAUAAAUACUUGAAAGUAUAUUUAGCCCCAAAAUGACAUACAGCUUCAUCAGUUGACUUGUGUGUAUACUUGAGUGUCAUUAAAGGAUGUUAAAAAUUGAUCCCAAGAUGUUCCACCUCAUUUUGAGUAAGUUGUUCUCAUAACUCUCCAAACUGACUUUUUCACCAUUACAUUCUGACAGAGUUUGGCUUUACAGUACUUUCUUGUCUGUUUUUUAUUUAUUUAUUUGGUGUUCUGCAUAAGUUUAUUUCUCUUUGAAUCAAAAUAUUUGUUUGAUGAGAAACAGAUGGAUUAUAUUUGUAGGAAAACUGUCUUCAGAAAGAUGCAAAUUUGAAUUUGCUAUCAGUCAAGAAAUUGCAGCCAUGUUUUCGUUCCAUUCUCCCUUUUGGGAGGAAUACAUGCCACUGCAUGCCCUCUUCCACCAUCUUUGGACUUGAGGUUGAGCAGGAACUAUUUACCUUCUUCACUGCUGUUGCUUGUGGGUGAAGUUCAGAAUCAUCAACAAUUUCAUCAGUCUCACAGUAGAAACCUAGUUCUAGGCUGCAGGUUAUGUUCCAUCACCAAGUUGCUUGGCCUCUGAUAGCAGAGAGACAGAACCACAUGUGAAGGAGGAGGAAGAGGAGGAGAGAAGUAUUACAGUUCUGGUCCUGUGCAAGCAGUUGCAGUGAUCAACUUGAGGUGGCAUAUCACAGUGCUACACAUGUAGACACCUCUAUAGAUGACAUGGUGAUAGCUGGGCAACUGGAAGACAGAAUUAACAGUCAAAUAAAAGUGUUUUGAUAUUUGUUUUGUGUAUUUUUGAAUAAUCACAUAGACCCAGUGAACACAAUAAUACUAGAAGCUUUGGCUUGUUGAAUGUUGAAGAACUAUGUUGAUGUAUCAGUUCCCUUACUCUGAUGUUUUAAAGUUGAACUAGUACUCGUACUGUCUUUGGCAUUUUUUGAAACGGGGUGGAUAGUAGUGGUACAACUGCUGCAAUCGGGGUGUUAAGAAGGAAUAAUGGGUGUGGCUAUUGAAACAUUUAUUGUACAGUGUAGAUGAUUGUCAUUAACAACAUUUAGUUAAACUAAUGGAAUACUUUUUGUGUGAGUGGGGAUUGUAAUGUUAAUUUUUCUUUGAGCGGAAGACUCAAAAGAAUUAUGUUCUUCACUGAUGCUGAGUAUUUUUAUACUUAUAAAUUUGACUAGGAUUCAUGGUUCAUGAAUUACUGACAAUACUACUCCAGAAAGUAAAAAUAACCUUUAGUACUUCUAGAUGGAUUUAGAGACCUACAUGUUACAGAGAUGUAAUAGGAACAUAUAGAUUUCAGACUUUGGUGCUAUGAUAUGUGGAGCCAUAUGGUGAUGUUUACAAGGUUAAACAGUUUCUUUCUUCAUGAAUUUAAUGGAGUGUUGAUUUAUGUGUAAAAUGGCGUUAUGAUUUUUUAUAGUGUUAUGCACAAGCUGUGAAGUUUUCUAUGAGUGAGUUUAAAUUGUUGGCAGUGGUUGUAUGUAGGAUAAACUUAAAUGAAAUGUAUGUUUGGUUUUAUUAAUUUAGUUAGUAGAUCAAAUUACAUGAUGUUUGUUGCUGAUAUGUUUGUAUUGGUUGAACAUUUGUGUAAAUAGUAAUUAUACAGAUUCUGUUUAAAAUUUCUGUAAUAUAAAUAUAAACUUUCACUGCUUUAUGGUAUAUGUAGUCAGUUGGCUAUAUACCAUGUCUAGUCAGGCAGCUGAUUGUAGAAAUUACAUGUUUCUGUAAAACAUGUUUAAUCUAAGGUUAAAAUAAUUAAAUGUAUUACAAAAUCU